CACACAGUUUGUCAUCCACUUUGCUGUCAGUCACCUGAGCUGUCACACAGCAAAAAUGAUGAACUGAGAACAACACGAGAAAGAGCAUCAUGACCGGCAGACUGAUAUUACUAUCGGCCCUCUGUGUGGCAUCGGUGGUGAGCCCAGGUAAUGCACAGUGCAAUGCAACACAAUCAAAUGAAACAGCACCAUGCAGUCUCACUACUGCGAGCACUACCAAUCAAACCCUGGACCGCUGUAAUCCCAUCAAUCUCCGAAAUUUCAGCUCUCUGGGAGUUUCUUCAAUCGAGGGCAUUGCUGACACUUUUGGUGCUUUAGCCACACUGACUGCGGAGAAUGCACAGAACGUGGAGUUUGUUCAGUCUUGGCUGUGUGUCAAGCUGGUUCCAAUUCUCCCAUUUGUGAACUCAGACUUCAUGUACAACAUGAGCAAGAUCAACUUUUCAUGUGCCUCCUAUCAGGAAAUAAUAAAAACACUCAGUGAGCAGGCGACACAAAUCAAUGAGACAUUAAAGUCCUCCAUCUACACCCAGUUCAUUAAGCCAUUCUUGUCUAGAAAAUUUCCAGAUGCUGCCUGUAAUUCUAACAAUAUGAGCAGCGCAGACUGGCUCAAUAGGAAUUUUGCUGAGUUCUUCAAGUAUGCUACCUUGAAGGACCUUCAAACUCUAAACAGAGACUUUUACAAUUUUUUUUCAUCAUUACGACUGCUGAGCCCUACCCAAGUAGCUGAACUCACCCUGAGCUCUGGAGCGCUCAACAACACGGACCAGAUCGGUGCUAUGUUCCUCCGACUAGAGGAAGGCAACGCUUUUGUGAACGUGGAGGAGUUUCUGACAAAACUCAGUGCAGCUCCAGAGGUUCCGGACAUCAGCCCUGCUGUGAGCGACGUGAUGAUGAACCGCACCUUCACAAUCAUUGGAACCAAAUUCCACAAGUUUGAGACUCGGGAUUGGCUGGUGUGGUUCACCGUGAAUCUCAUUCCUAUCCUUCCCAGUUUCACCUCAGAGAUGCUGGUUAAGGUCACAGUUACAGUCAACUGCACCAACUACCGCGUGAUCGUUGAGGGACUUGGAAUGGUUUUCCAGAAAAUGACAUUGAGCAGGAGCCAUGAGAUAACCAGCAUUCUGGUGGAGCACCUGAAGGCUGCUUCUUCCCAAUUCAGUAUGCCAGGUUGCAGACAGAAAACUGAAAGCGUUACCCAAUGGCUCGACAGCAACUUGGGCCCAUUCUCCUCAUUGGCCAGUUACUCGGACCUCAAGGCCCUGAACAUCAGUGUGUUGGCAGCUCUGGGAUCCCUGUCACCUGAUCAGAAAGCAGAGCUGCUGUUGGAUCGGACCACCGGUGCUCUAGAAAACGUGACCGUGGUACAGGAGGUGAUGAUCAGCAUCCUGAACUCUUCAGAUGGGAAUCAGCUUGAGAUGUUCUUUGAAAAAUUUGUUGUAGUCUGCCACGAGGAAAAUAUUACCUUCAUUGCAAACGUGGCUGUACGAGACACAAUGCUGAAUCUGACCAUGACUGCCCUGGCUCCCAAACUUCCCCUAUUUGAAACAAGCGACUAUGAGCUGUGGUUCCAAACCAAUCUGGUGGUCCUGCUGGCCAGCUUCAGUCCUUCAGUGCUGGAGGUCAUCCCUGCCAACAUCACAUGCGAAUCUUACCAAGCAAUACGGGAAGGCAUGAAGAUAGCUUUGGCAGAUCUUCCCUCAGGAGUUGGAGUAGAGCUAAAUUCAAGUGUAGACACACUUCAACAUUCACCACCAAAAGCCUGCACGACUCCACCACCCACCACACCCCCCACAGUGCCCCCCACCAUGCCAUCCACCACACCGUCCCCAGUACCACCCACUGCACCACCGACCGUGUCCCCCACCGCUGUUUGCGAGGAAACAUUGAUCGAUGAGGAAAGGCUUUGUGCAGGUGUAGACAGUGAACAACUUCAGACAUCAGGCAGCGUCGCGGCUCAACUCUGCAACUUCAGCAUUCCUGAAUAUGCCUGCUCUUCAGUUGCGUCCUCUCUGUCCUCUGAUGACCUCGUCACGCUGCUGACCUGCAAGGCAUCAACGGUCAUGAGCAACAGCACAGAGAUGUGGAAGCUUUUCUUCCAGAAAGUCACUGGGGUUCUGGAGAAUGCGCUGUCCGUGUACUCCAGUCAGAACCUAAGCAACGGUCAUGCUGUAUCCAACAUUCUGGAUGCCAUUGGACAGCUGACAAUCAGCAACUUUAGCGCUUCACAGCUGACAAAUGCCAGCUUCAUUACAGCCUGGUUCCAGGAGCGUCUGAGACCGUUUUUGCCAUCUGUCUCUGUGGAGUUUCUAUCCUGCUUGAGUACCAAGAACUUCAGCUGUGACUCCUACCAAGCAGCGGUGCUGGGUCUCAGCCGUCAAUCAUCGCUCAUGGCAAUGGAGACAAAACAGGACGUCUUCAAUGCUUUCAUCAAACCCUUCCUCUCAAGAGCUGACCGAACAGAUGCUGCCUGUCUUUCCAAAAUGACGAGCAGCGCUGAAUGGCUUGAGAAGAACUUUGGCCUGUUCUCUGGCUAUGCUACUGUGGAGUUUUUAGAAGCCCUGAAUGUGAAUUUCUCCAGUUUGGGAUCGCUGUCACUGCUGAACCCUACUCAAGUAGCUGAAAUCACCCUGAGCUCUGGAGCGCUAAACAACACUGAUCAGAUCGUGGUUGUGUUUGACCGGCUGGAGAAAGGCGACGCUUUCCUGAACAUGAAGGAAUUUCUGACAGAACUAAAUGCAGCUCCAGAGAUUCCUGUCAUCAGCUCUGCUGUGAGUGACGUGAUGAUGAACCGCACCUUCGCAAUCAUUGAAGGCUAUUUCCGGAAAUUUGAGACUCACGAUUGGGUGGUGUGGUUCACCGUGAAUCUCGUUCCCAUCCUCCCCAGUUUCACCACAGAAAUGCUGGUUAAGGUCACAGCUUCAGUCAACUGCACCGACUACCGUGUGAUAGUUAAGGGAUUGGGAAUCAAUUUCCAGAGAAUGACAUUUACCAGGAGGCAGGAGAUAACCAAUGUUCUGGUCGAGCACCUAAAGACAACUGCUGCCAAAUUCAGCAUGCCAGGUUGCAGACAGAAAACUGAAAGCGCUGCUGAAUGGCUCGACACCAACUUGGGUCGAUUCUCCUCUUUAGCCAGUUACUCAGACCUCAAGUCCCUGAACAUUAGCAUGUUGGCAGCUCUGGGAUCCCUAGCACCCGAUCAGAAAGCAGAGCUACUGUUGGAUCCAUCCACCGAUGCUCUAGACAAUGUCACCGUGGUACAGGAGGUGUUGACCAGCAUACUGACGUCUCCAGAUGAGAAACAACUUGAGAUGUUUUUUGAAACAUUUGUGAAAGUCAGCAAAGUGGAAAGUAUAACCUACAUCGAAAACGUGGCUGUCCGAGACACAAUGCUGAAUCUGACCAUGACUGCCCUGGCUCCCAAACUUCCCCUAUUUGAAACAAGCGACUAUGAGCUGUGGUUCCAAACCAAUCUGGUGGUCCUGCUGGCCAGCUUCAGUCCUACAGUGCUGGAAGUCAUCCCUGCCAACAUCACAUGCGAAUCUUACCAAGCAAUACUGGAAGGCAUGAAGAUAGCUUUGGCAGAUCUUCCGUCAGGAGUUGGAGUAGAGCUAAAUUCAAGUGUAGACACACUUCAACAUUCACCACCAAAAGCCUGCACGACUCCACCACCCACCACACCCCCCACAGUGCCCCCCACCAUGCCAUCCACCACACCGUCCCCAGUACCACCCACUGCACCACCGACCGUGUCCCCCACCGCUGUUUGCGAGGAAACAUUGAUCGAUGAGGAAAGGCUUUGUGCAGGUGUAGACAGUGAACAACUUCAGACAUCAGGCAGCGUCGCGGCUCAACUCUGCAACUUCAGCAUUCCUGAAUAUGCCUGCUCUUCAGUUGCGUCCUCUCUGUCCUCUGAUGACCUCGUCACGCUGCUGACCUGCAAGGCAUCAACGGUCAUGAGCAACAGCACAGAGAUGUGGAAGCUUUUCUUCCAGAAAGUCACUGGGGUUCUGGAGAAUGCGCUGUCCGUGUACUCCAGUCAGAACCUAAGCAACGGUCAUGCUGCAUCCAACAUUCUGGAUGCCAUUGGACAGCUGACAAUCAGCAACUUUAGCGCUUCACAGCUGACAAAUGCCAGCUUCAUUACAGCCUGGUUCCAGGAGCGUCUGAGACCGUUUUUGCCAUCUGUCUCUGUGGAGUUUCUAUCCUGCUUGAGUACCAAGAACUUCAGCUGUGACUCCUACCAAGCAGCGGUGCUGGGUCUCAGCCGUCAAUCAUCGCUCAUGGCAAUGGAGACAAAACAGGACGUCUUCAAUGCUUUCAUCAAACCCUUCCUCUCAAGAGCUGACCGAACAGAUGCUGCCUGUCUUUCCAAAAUGACGAGCAGCGCUGAAUGGCUUGAGAAGAACUUUGGCCUGUUCUCUGGCUAUGCUACUGUGGAGUUUUUAGAAGCCCUGAAUGUCAAUUUCUCCAGUUUGGGAUCGCUGUCACUGCUGAACCCUACUCAAGUAGCUGAAAUCACCCUGAGCUCUGGAGCGCUAAACAACACUGAUCAGAUCGUGGUUGUGUUUGACCGGCUGGAGAAAGGCGACGCUUUCCUGAACAUGAAGGAAUUUCUGACAGAACUAAAUGCAGCUCCAGAGAUUCCUGUCAUCAGCCCUGCUGUGAGUGACGUGAUGAUGAACCGCACCUUCGCAAUCAUUGAAGGCUAUUUCCGGAAAUUUGAGACUCACGAUUGGGUGGUGUGGUUCACCGUGAAUCUCGUUCCCAUCCUCCCCAGUUUCACCACAGAAAUGCUGGUUAAGGUCACAGCUUCAGUCAACUGCACCGACUACCGUGUGAUAGUUAAGGGAUUGGGAAUCAAUUUCCAGAGAAUGACAUUUACCAGGAGGCAGGAGAUAACCAAUGUUCUGGUCGAGCACCUAAAGACAACUGCUGCCAAAUUCAGCAUGCCAGGUUGCAGACAGAAAACUGAAAGCGCUGCUGAAUGGCUCGACACCAACUUGGGUCGAUUCUCCUCUUCAGCCAGUUACUCAGACCUCAAGUCCCUGAACAUUAGCAUGUUGGCAGCUCUGGGAUCCCUAGCACCCGAUCAGAAAGCAGAGCUACUGUUGGAUCCAUCCACCGAUGCUCUAGACAAUGUCACCGUGGUACAGGAGGUGUUGACCAGCAUACUGACGUCUCCAGAUGAGAAACAACUUGAGAUGUUUUUUGAAACAUUUGUGAAAGUCAGCAAAGUGGAAAGUAUAACCUACAUCGAAAAUGUGGCUGUCCGAGACACAAUGCUGAAUCUGACCAUGACUGCCCUGGCUCCCAAACUUCCCCUAUUUGAAACAAGCGACUAUGAGCUGUGGUUCCAAACCAAUCUGGUGGUCCUGCUGGCCAGCUUCAGUCCUACAGUGCUGGAAGUCAUCCCUGCCAACAUCACAUGCGAAUCUUACCAAGCAAUACUGGAAGGCAUGAAGAUAGCUUUGGCAGAUCUUCCGUCAGGAGUUGGAGUAGAGCUAAAUUCAAGUGUAGACACACUUCAACAUUCACCACCAAAAGCCUGCACGACUCCACCACCCACCACACCCCCCACAGUGCCCCCCACCAUGCCAUCCACCACACCGUCCCCAGUACCACCCACUGCACCACCGACCGUGUCCCCCACCGCUGUUUGCGAGGAAACAUUGAUUGAUGAGGAAAGGCUUUGUGCAGGUGUAGACAGUGAACAACUUCAGACAUCAGGCAGCGUCGCGGCUCAACUCUGCAACUUCAGCAUUCCUGAAUAUGCCUGCUCUUCAGUUGCGUCCUCUCUGUCCUCUGAUGACCUCGUCACGCUGCUGACCUGCAAGGCAUCAACGGUCAUGAGCAACAGCACAGAGAUGUGGAAGCUUUUCUUCCAGAAAGUCACUGGGGUUCUGGAGAAUGCGCUGUCCGUGUACUCCAGUCAGAACCUAAGCAACGGUCAUGCUGCAUCCAACAUUCUGGAUGCCAUUGGACAGCUGACAAUCAGCAACUUUAGCGCUUCACAGCUGACAAAUGCCAGCUUCAUUACAGCCUGGUUCCAGGAGCGUCUGAGACCGUUUUUGCCAUCUGUCUCUGUGGAGUUUCUAUCCUGCUUGAGUACCAAGAACUUCAGCUGUGACUCCUACCAAGCAGCGGUGCUGGGUCUCAGCCGUCAAUCAUCGCUCAUGGCAAUGGAGACAAAACAGGACGUCUUCAAUGCUUUCAUCAAACCCUUCCUCUCAAGAGCUGACCGAACAGAUGCUGCCUGUCUUUCCAAAAUGACGAGCAGCGCUGAAUGGCUUGAGAAGAACUUUGGCCUGUUCUCUGGCUAUGCUACUGUGGAGUUUUUAGAAGCCCUGAAUGUGAAUUUCUCCAGUUUGGGAUCGCUGUCACUGCUGAACCCUACUCAAGUAGCUGAAAUCACCCUGAGCUCUGGAGCGCUAAACAACACUGAUCAGAUCGUGGUUGUGUUUGACCGGCUGGAGAAAGGCGACGCUUUCCUGAACAUGAAGGAAUUUCUGACAGAACUAAAUGCAGCUCCAGAGAUUCCUGUCAUCAGCCCUGCUGUGAGUGACGUGAUGAUGAACCGCACCUUCGCAAUCAUUGAAGGCUAUUUCCGGAAAUUUGAGACUCACGAUUGGGUGGUGUGGUUCACCGUGAAUCUCGUUCCCAUCCUCCCCAGUUUCACCACAGAAAUGCUGGUUAAGGUCACAGCUUCAGUCAACUGCACCGACUACCGUGUGAUAGUUAAGGGAUUGGGAAUCAAUUUCCAGAGAAUGACAUUUACCAGGAGGCAGGAGAUAACCAAUGUUCUGGUCGAGCACCUAAAGACAACUGCUGCCAAAUUCAGCAUGCCAGGUUGCAGACAGAAAACUGAAAGCGCUGCUGAAUGGCUCGACACCAACUUGGGUCGAUUCUCCUCUUCAGCCAGUUACUCAGACCUCAAGUCCCUGAACAUCAGCAUGUUGGCAGCUCUGGGAUCCCUAGCACCCGAUCAGAAAGCAGAGCUACUGUUGGAUCCAUCCACCGAUGCUCUAGACAAUGUCACCGUGGUACAGGAGGUGUUGACCAGCAUACUGACGUCUCCAGAUGAGAAACAACUUGAGAUGUUUUUUGAAACAUUUGUGAAAGUCAGCAAAGUGGAAAGUAUAACCUACAUCGAAAACGUGGCUGUCCGAGACACAAUGCUGAAUCUGACCAUGACUGCCCUGGCUCCCAAACUUCCCCUAUUUGAAACAAGCGACUAUGAGCUGUGGUUCCAAACCAAUCUGGUGGUCCUGCUGGCCAGCUUCAGUCCUACAGUGCUGGAAGUCAUCCCUGCCAACAUCACAUGCGAAUCUUACCAAGCAAUACUGGAAGGCAUGAAGAUAGCUUUGGCAGAUCUUCCGUCAGGAGUUGGAGUAGAGCUAAAUUCAAGUGUAGACACACUUCAACAUUCACCACCAAAAGCCUGCACGACUCCACCACCCACCACACCCCCCACAGUGCCCCCCACCAUGCCAUCCACCACACCGUCCCCAGUACCACCCACUGCACCACCGACCGUGUCCCCCACCGCUGUUUGCGAGGAAACAUUGAUCGAUGAGGAAAGGCUUUGUGCAGGUGUAGACAGUGAACAACUUCAGACAUCAGGCAGCGUCGCGGCUCAACUCUGCAACUUCAGCAUUCCUGAAUAUGCCUGCUCUUCAGUUGCGUCCUCUCUGUCCUCUGAUGACCUCGUCACGCUGCUGACCUGCAAGGCAUCAACGGUCAUGAGCAACAGCACAGAGAUGUGGAAGCUUUUCUUCCAGAAAGUCACUGGGGUUCUGGAGAAUGCGCUGUCCGUGUACUCCAGUCAGAACCUAAGCAACGGUCAUGCUGCAUCCAACAUUCUGGAUGCCAUUGGACAGCUGACAAUCAGCAACUUUAGCGCUUCACAGCUGACAAAUGCCAGCUUCAUUACAGCCUGGUUCCAGGAGCGUCUGAGACCGUUUUUGCCAUCUGUCUCUGUGGAGUUUCUAUCCUGCUUGAGUACCAAGAACUUCAGCUGUGACUCCUACCAAGCAGCGGUGCUGGGUCUCAGCCGUCAAUCAUCGCUCAUGGCAAUGGAGACAAAACAGGACGUCUUCAAUGCUUUCAUCAAACCCUUCCUCUCAAGAGCUGACCGAACAGAUGCUGCCUGUCUUUCCAAAAUGACGAGCAGCGCUGAAUGGCUUGAGAAGAACUUUGGCCUGUUCUCUGGCUAUGCUACUGUGGAGUUUUUAGAAGCCCUGAAUGUCAAUUUCUCCAGUUUGGGAUCGCUGUCACUGCUGAACCCUACUCAAGUAGCUGAAAUCACCCUGAGCUCUGGAGCGCUAAACAACACUGAUCAGAUCGUGGUUGUGUUUGACCGGCUGGAGAAAGGCGACGCUUUCCUGAACAUGAAGGAAUUUCUGACAGAACUAAAUGCAGCUCCAGAGAUUCCUGUCAUCAGCCCUGCUGUGAGUGACGUGAUGAUGAACCGCACCUUCGCAAUCAUUGAAGGCUAUUUCCGGAAAUUUGAGACUCACGAUUGGGUGGUGUGGUUCACCGUGAAUCUCGUUCCCAUCCUCCCCAGUUUCACCACAGAAAUGCUGGUUAAGGUCACAGCUUCAGUCAACUGCACCGACUACCGUGUGAUAGUUAAGGGAUUGGGAAUCAAUUUCCAGAGAAUGACAUUUACCAGGAGGCAGGAGAUAACCAAUGUUCUGGUCGAGCACCUAAAGACAACUGCUGCCAAAUUCAGCAUGCCAGGUUGCAGACAGAAAACUGAAAGCGCUGCUGAAUGGCUCGACACCAACUUGGGUCGAUUCUCCUCUUCAGCCAGUUACUCAGACCUCAAGUCCCUGAACAUUAGCAUGUUGGCAGCUCUGGGAUCCCUAGCACCCGAUCAGAAAGCAGAGCUACUGUUGGAUCCAUCCACCGAUGCUCUAGACAAUGUCACCGUGGUACAGGAGGUGUUGACCAGCAUACUGACGUCUCCAGAUGAGAAACAACUUGAGAUGUUUUUUGAAACAUUUGUGAAAGUCAGCAAAGUGGAAAGUAUAACCUACAUCGAAAAUGUGGCUGUCCGAGACACAAUGCUGAAUCUGACCAUGACUGCCCUGGCUCCCAAACUUCCCCUAUUUGAAACAAGCGACUAUGAGCUGUGGUUCCAAACCAAUCUGGUGGUCCUGCUGGCCAGCUUCAGUCCUACAGUGCUGGAAGUCAUCCCUGCCAACAUCACAUGCGAAUCUUACCAAGCAAUACUGGAAGGCAUGAAGAUAGCUUUGGCAGAUCUUCCGUCAGGAGUUGGAGUAGAGCUAAAUUCAAGUGUAGACACACUUCAACAUUCACCACCAAAAGCCUGCACGACUCCACCACCCACCACACCCCCCACAGUGCCCCCCACCAUGCCAUCCACCACACCGUCCCCAGUACCACCCACUGCACCACCGACCGUGUCCCCCACCGCUGUUUGCGAGGAAACAUUGAUCGAUGAGGAAAGGCUUUGUGCAGGUGUAGACAGUGAACAACUUCAGACAUCAGGCAGCGUCGCGGCUCAACUCUGCAACUUCAGCAUUCCUGAAUAUGCCUGCUCUUCAGUUGCGUCCUCUCUGUCCUCUGAUGACCUCGUCACGCUGCUGACCUGCAAGGCAUCAACGGUCAUGAGCAACAGCACAGAGAUGUGGAAGCUUUUCUUCCAGAAAGUCACUGGGGUUCUGGAGAAUGCGCUGUCCGUGUACUCCAGUCAGAACCUAAGCAACGGUCAUGCUGCAUCCAACAUUCUGGAUGCCAUUGGACAGCUGACAAUCAGCAACUUUAGCGCUUCACAGCUGACAAAUGCCAGCUUCAUUACAGCCUGGUUCCAGGAGCGUCUGAGACCGUUUUUGCCAUCUGUCUCUGUGGAGUUUCUAUCCUGCUUGAGUACCAAGAACUUCAGCUGUGACUCCUACCAAGCAGCGGUGCUGGGUCUCAGCCGUCAAUCAUCGCUCAUGGCAAUGGAGACAAAACAGGACGUCUUCAAUGCUUUCAUCAAACCCUUCCUCUCAAGAGCUGACCGAACAGAUGCUGCCUGUCUUUCCAAAAUGACGAGCAGCGCUGAAUGGCUUGAGAAGAACUUUGGCCUGUUCUCUGGCUAUGCUACUGUGGAGUUUUUAGAAGCCCUGAAUGUCAAUUUCUCCAGUUUGGGAUCGCUGUCACUGCUGAACCCUACUCAAGUAGCUGAAAUCACCCUGAGCUCUGGAGCGCUAAACAACACUGAUCAGAUCGUGGUUGUGUUUGACCGGCUGGAGAAAGGCGACGCUUUCCUGAACAUGAAGGAAUUUCUGACAGAACUAAAUGCAGCUCCAGAGAUUCCUGUCAUCAGCCCUGCUGUGAGUGACGUGAUGAUGAACCGCACCUUCGCAAUCAUUGAAGGCUAUUUCCGGAAAUUUGAGACUCACGAUUGGGUGGUGUGGUUCACCGUGAAUCUCGUUCCCAUCCUCCCCAGUUUCACCACAGAAAUGCUGGUUAAGGUCACAGCUUCAGUCAACUGCACCGACUACCGUGUGAUAGUUAAGGGAUUGGGAAUCAAUUUCCAGAGAAUGACAUUUACCAGGAGGCAGGAGAUAACCAAUGUUCUGGUCGAGCACCUAAAGACAACUGCUGCCAAAUUCAGCAUGCCAGGUUGCAGACAGAAAACUGAAAGCGCUGCUGAAUGGCUCGACACCAACUUGGGUCGAUUCUCCUCUUCAGCCAGUUACUCAGACCUCAAGUCCCUGAACAUUAGCAUGUUGGCAGCUCUGGGAUCCCUAGCACCCGAUCAGAAAGCAGAGCUACUGUUGGAUCCAUCCACCGAUGCUCUAGACAAUGUCACCGUGGUACAGGAGGUGUUGACCAGCAUACUGACGUCUCCAGAUGAGAAACAACUUGAGAUGUUUUUUGAAACAUUUGUGAAAGUCAGCAAAGUGGAAAGUAUAACCUACAUCGAAAAUGUGGCUGUCCGAGACACAAUGCUGAAUCUGACCAUGACUGCCCUGGCUCCCAAACUUCCCCUAUUUGAAACAAGCGACUAUGAGCUGUGGUUCCAAACCAAUCUGGUGGUCCUGCUGGCCAGCUUCAGUCCUACAGUGCUGGAAGUCAUCCCUGCCAACAUCACAUGCGAAUCUUACCAAGCAAUACUGGAAGGCAUGAAGAUAGCUUUGGCAGAUCUUCCGUCAGGAGUUGGAGUAGAGCUAAAUUCAAGUGUAGACACACUUCAACAUUCACCACCAAAAGCCUGCACGACUCCACCACCCACCACACCCCCCACAGUGCCCCCCACCAUGCCAUCCACCACACCGUCCCCAGUACCACCCACUGCACCACCGACCGUGUCCCCCACCGCUGUUUGCGAGGAAACAUUGAUCGAUGAGGAAAGGCUUUGUGCAGGUGUAGACAGUGAACAACUUCAGACAUCAGGCAGCGUCGCGGCUCAACUCUGCAACUUCAGCAUUCCUGAAUAUGCCUGCUCUUCAGUUGCGUCCUCUCUGUCCUCUGAUGACCUCGUCACGCUGCUGACCUGCAAGGCAUCAACGGUCAUGAGCAACAGCACAGAGAUGUGGAAGCUUUUCUUCCAGAAAGUCACUGGGGUUCUGGAGAAUGCGCUGUCCGUGUACUCCAGUCAGAACCUAAGCAACGGUCAUGCUGCAUCCAACAUUCUGGAUGCCAUUGGACAGCUGACAAUCAGCAACUUUAGCGCUUCACAGCUGACAAAUGCCAGCUUCAUUACAGCCUGGUUCCAGGAGCGUCUGAGACCGUUUUUGCCAUCUGUCUCUGUGGAGUUUCUAUCCUGCUUGAGUACCAAGAACUUCAGCUGUGACUCCUACCAAGCAGCGGUGCUGGGUCUCAGCCGUCAAUCAUCGCUCAUGGCAAUGGAGACAAAACAGGACGUCUUCAAUGCUUUCAUCAAACCCUUCCUCUCAAGAGCUGACCGAACAGAUGCUGCCUGUCUUUCCAAAAUGACGAGCAGCGCUGAAUGGCUUGAGAAGAACUUUGGCCUGUUCUCUGGCUAUGCUACUGUGGAGUUUUUAGAAGCCCUGAAUGUCAAUUUCUCCAGUUUGGGAUCGCUGUCACUGCUGAACCCUACUCAAGUAGCUGAAAUCACCCUGAGCUCUGGAGCGCUAAACAACACUGAUCAGAUCGUGGUUGUGUUUGACCGGCUGGAGAAAGGCGACGCUUUCCUGAACAUGAAGGAAUUUCUGACAGAACUAAAUGCAGCUCCAGAGAUUCCUGUCAUCAGCCCUGCUGUGAGUGACGUGAUGAUGAACCGCACCUUCGCAAUCAUUGAAGGCUAUUUCCGGAAAUUUGAGACUCACGAUUGGGUGGUGUGGUUCACCGUGAAUCUCGUUCCCAUCCUCCCCAGUUUCACCACAGAAAUGCUGGUUAAGGUCACAGCUUCAGUCAACUGCACCGACUACCGUGUGAUAGUUAAGGGAUUGGGAAUCAAUUUCCAGAGAAUGACAUUUACCAGGAGGCAGGAGAUAACCAAUGUUCUGGUCGAGCACCUAAAGACAACUGCUGCCAAAUUCAGCAUGCCAGGUUGCAGACAGAAAACUGAAAGCGCUGCUGAAUGGCUCGACACCAACUUGGGUCGAUUCUCCUCUUCAGCCAGUUACUCAGACCUCAAGUCCCUGAACAUUAGCAUGUUGGCAGCUCUGGGAUCCCUAGCACCCGAUCAGAAAGCAGAGCUACUGUUGGAUCCAUCCACCGAUGCUCUAGACAAUGUCACCGUGGUACAGGAGGUGUUGACCAGCAUACUGACGUCUCCAGAUGAGAAACAACUUGAGAUGUUUUUUGAAACAUUUGUGAAAGUCAGCAAAGUGGAAAGUAUAACCUACAUCGAAAAUGUGGCUGUCCGAGACACAAUGCUGAAUCUGACCAUGACUGCCCUGGCUCCCAAACUUCCCCUAUUUGAAACAAGCGACUAUGAGCUGUGGUUCCAAACCAAUCUGGUGGUCCUGCUGGCCAGCUUCAGUCCUACAGUGCUGGAAGUCAUCCCUGCCAACAUCACAUGCGAAUCUUACCAAGCAAUACUGGAAGGCAUGAAGAUAGCUUUGGCAGAUCUUCCGUCAGGAGUUGGAGUAGAGCUAAAUUCAAGUGUAGACACACUUCAACAUUCACCACCAAAAGCCUGCACGACUCCACCACCCACCACACCCCCCACAGUGCCCCCCACCAUGCCAUCCACCACACCGUCCCCAGUACCACCCACUGCACCACCGACCGUGUCCCCCACCGCUGUUUGCGAGGAAACAUUGAUCGAUGAGGAAAGGCUUUGUGCAGGUGUAGACAGUGAACAACUUCAGACAUCAGGCAGCGUCGCGGCUCAACUCUGCAACUUCAGCAUUCCUGAAUAUGCCUGCUCUUCAGUUGCGUCCUCUCUGUCCUCUGAUGACCUCGUCACGCUGCUGACCUGCAAGGCAUCAACGGUCAUGAGCAACAGCACAGAGAUGUGGAAGCUUUUCUUCCAGAAAGUCACUGGGGUUCUGGAGAAUGCGCUGUCCGUGUACUCCAGUCAGAACCUAAGCAACGGUCAUGCUGCAUCCAACAUUCUGGAUGCCAUUGGACAGCUGACAAUCAGCAACUUUAGCGCUUCACAGCUGACAAAUGCCAGCUUCAUUACAGCCUGGUUCCAGGAGCGUCUGAGACCGUUUUUGCCAUCUGUCUCUGUGGAGUUUCUAUCCUGCUUGAGUACCAAGAACUUCAGCUGUGACUCCUACCAAGCAGCGGUGCUGGGUCUCAGCCGUCAAUCAUCGCUCAUGGCAAUGGAGACAAAACAGGACGUCUUCAAUGCUUUCAUCAAACCCUUCCUCUCAAGAGCUGACCGAACAGAUGCUGCCUGUCUUUCCAAAAUGACGAGCAGCGCUGAAUGGCUUGAGAAGAACUUUGGCCUGUUCUCUGGCUAUGCUACUGUGGAGUUUUUAGAAGCCCUGAAUGUCAAUUUCUCCAGUUUGGGAUCGCUGUCACUGCUGAACCCUACUCAAGUAGCUGAAAUCACCCUGAGCUCUGGAGCGCUAAACAACACUGAUCAGAUCGUGGUUGUGUUUGACCGGCUGGAGAAAGGCGACGCUUUCCUGAACAUGAAGGAAUUUCUGACAGAACUAAAUGCAGCUCCAGAGAUUCCUGUCAUCAGCCCUGCUGUGAGUGACGUGAUGAUGAACCGCACCUUCGCAAUCAUUGAAGGCUAUUUCCGGAAAUUUGAGACUCACGAUUGGGUGGUGUGGUUCACCGUGAAUCUCGUUCCCAUCCUCCCCAGUUUCACCACAGAAAUGCUGGUUAAGGUCACAGCUUCAGUCAACUGCACCGACUACCGUGUGAUAGUUAAGGGAUUGGGAAUCAAUUUCCAGAGAAUGACAUUUACCAGGAGGCAGGAGAUAACCAAUGUUCUGGUCGAGCACCUAAAGACAACUGCUGCCAAAUUCAGCAUGCCAGGUUGCAGACAGAAAACUGAAAGCGCUGCUGAAUGGCUCGACACCAACUUGGGUCGAUUCUCCUCUUCAGCCAGUUACUCAGACCUCAAGUCCCUGAACAUUAGCAUGUUGGCAGCUCUGGGAUCCCUAGCACCCGAUCAGAAAGCAGAGCUACUGUUGGAUCCAUCCACCGAUGCUCUAGACAAUGUCACCGUGGUACAGGAGGUGUUGACCAGCAUACUGACGUCUCCAGAUGAGAAACAACUUGAGAUGUUUUUUGAAACAUUUGUGAAAGUCAGCAAAGUGGAAAGUAUAACCUACAUCGAAAAUGUGGCUGUCCGAGACACAAUGCUGAAUCUGACCAUGACUGCCCUGGCUCCCAAACUUCCCCUAUUUGAAACAAGCGACUAUGAGCUGUGGUUCCAAACCAAUCUGGUGGUCCUGCUGGCCAGCUUCAGUCCUACAGUGCUGGAAGUCAUCCCUGCCAACAUCACAUGCGAAUCUUACCAAGCAAUACUGGAAGGCAUGAAGAUAGCUUUGGCAGAUCUUCCGUCAGGAGUUGGAGUAGAGCUAAAUUCAAGUGUAGACACACUUCAACAUUCACCACCAAAAGCCUGCACGACUCCACCACCCACCACACCCCCCACAGUGCCCCCCACCAUGCCAUCCACCACACCGUCCCCAGUACCACCCACUGCACCACCGACCGUGUCCCCCACCGCUGUUUGCGAGGAAACAUUGAUCGAUGAGGAAAGGCUUUGUGCAGGUGUAGACAGUGAACAACUUCAGACAUCAGGCAGCGUCGCGGCUCAACUCUGCAACUUCAGCAUUCCUGAAUAUGCCUGCUCUUCAGUUGCGUCCUCUCUGUCCUCUGAUGACCUCGUCACGCUGCUGACCUGCAAGGCAUCAACGGUCAUGAGCAACAGCACAGAGAUGUGGAAGCUUUUCUUCCAGAAAGUCACUGGGGUUCUGGAGAAUGCGCUGUCCGUGUACUCCAGUCAGAACCUAAGCAACGGUCAUGCUGCAUCCAACAUUCUGGAUGCCAUUGGACAGCUGACAAUCAGCAACUUUAGCGCUUCACAGCUGACAAAUGCCAGCUUCAUUACAGCCUGGUUCCAGGAGCGUCUGAGACCGUUUUUGCCAUCUGUCUCUGUGGAGUUUCUAUCCUGCUUGAGUACCAAGAACUUCAGCUGUGACUCCUACCAAGCAGCGGUGCUGGGUCUCAGCCGUCAAUCAUCGCUCAUGGCAAUGGAGACAAAACAGGACGUCUUCAAUGCUUUCAUCAAACCCUUCCUCUCAAGAGCUGACCGAACAGAUGCUGCCUGUCUUUCCAAAAUGACGAGCAGCGCUGAAUGGCUUGAGAAGAACUUUGGCCUGUUCUCUGGCUAUGCUACUGUGGAGUUUUUAGAAGCCCUGAAUGUCAAUUUCUCCAGUUUGGGAUCGCUGUCACUGCUGAACCCUACUCAAGUAGCUGAAAUCACCCUGAGCUCUGGAGCGCUAAACAACACUGAUCAGAUCGUGGUUGUGUUUGACCGGCUGGAGAAAGGCGACGCUUUCCUGAACAUGAAGGAAUUUCUGACAGAACUAAAUGCAGCUCCAGAGAUUCCUGUCAUCAGCCCUGCUGUGAGUGACGUGAUGAUGAACCGCACCUUCGCAAUCAUUGAAGGCUAUUUCCGGAAAUUUGAGACUCACGAUUGGGUGGUGUGGUUCACCGUGAAUCUCGUUCCCAUCCUCCCCAGUUUCACCACAGAAAUGCUGGUUAAGGUCACAGCUUCAGUCAACUGCACCGACUACCGUGUGAUAGUUAAGGGAUUGGGAAUCAAUUUCCAGAGAAUGACAUUUACCAGGAGGCAGGAGAUAACCAAUGUUCUGGUCGAGCACCUAAAGACAACUGCUGCCAAAUUCAGCAUGCCAGGUUGCAGACAGAAAACUGAAAGCGCUGCUGAAUGGCUCGACACCAACUUGGGUCGAUUCUCCUCUUCAGCCAGUUACUCAGACCUCAAGUCCCUGAACAUUAGCAUGUUGGCAGCUCUGGGAUCCCUAGCACCCGAUCAGAAAGCAGAGCUACUGUUGGAUCCAUCCACCGAUGCUCUAGACAAUGUCACCGUGGUACAGGAGGUGUUGACCAGCAUACUGACGUCUCCAGAUGAGAAACAACUUGAGAUGUUUUUUGAAACAUUUGUGAAAGUCAGCAAAGUGGAAAGUAUAACCUACAUCGAAAAUGUGGCUGUCCGAGACACAAUGCUGAAUCUGACCAUGACUGCCCUGGCUCCCAAACUUCCCCUAUUUGAAACAAGCGACUAUGAGCUGUGGUUCCAAACCAAUCUGGUGGUCCUGCUGGCCAGCUUCAGUCCUACAGUGCUGGAAGUCAUCCCUGCCAACAUCACAUGCGAAUCUUACCAAGCAAUACUGGAAGGCAUGAAGAUAGCUUUGGCAGAUCUUCCGUCAGGAGUUGGAGUAGAGCUAAAUUCAAGUGUAGACACACUUCAACAUUCACCACCAAAAGCCUGCACGACUCCACCACCCACCACACCCCCCACAGUGCCCCCCACCAUGCCAUCCACCACACCGUCCCCAGUACCACCCACUGCACCACCGACCGUGUCCCCCACCGCUGUUUGCGAGGAAACAUUGAUCGAUGAGGAAAGGCUUUGUGCAGGUGUAGACAGUGAACAACUUCAGACAUCAGGCAGCGUCGCGGCUCAACUCUGCAACUUCAGCAUUCCUGAAUAUGCCUGCUCUUCAGUUGCGUCCUCUCUGUCCUCUGAUGACCUCGUCACGCUGCUGACCUGCAAGGCAUCAACGGUCAUGAGCAACAGCACAGAGAUGUGGAAGCUUUUCUUCCAGAAAGUCACUGGGGUUCUGGAGAAUGCGCUGUCCGUGUACUCCAGUCAGAACCUAAGCAACGGUCAUGCUGCAUCCAACAUUCUGGAUGCCAUUGGACAGCUGACAAUCAGCAACUUUAGCGCUUCACAGCUGACAAAUGCCAGCUUCAUUACAGCCUGGUUCCAGGAGCGUCUGAGACCGUUUUUGCCAUCUGUCUCUGUGGAGUUUCUAUCCUGCUUGAGUACCAAGAACUUCAGCUGUGACUCCUACCAAGCAGCGGUGCUGGGUCUCAGCCGUCAAUCAUCGCUCAUGGCAAUGGAGACAAAACAGGACGUCUUCAAUGCUUUCAUCAAACCCUUCCUCUCAAGAGCUGACCGAACAGAUGCUGCCUGUCUUUCCAAAAUGACGAGCAGCGCUGAAUGGCUUGAGAAGAACUUUGGCCUGUUCUCUGGCUAUGCUACUGUGGAGUUUUUAGAAGCCCUGAAUGUCAAUUUCUCCAGUUUGGGAUCGCUGUCACUGCUGAACCCUACUCAAGUAGCUGAAAUCACCCUGAGCUCUGGAGCGCUAAACAACACUGAUCAGAUCGUGGUUGUGUUUGACCGGCUGGAGAAAGGCGACGCUUUCCUGAACAUGAAGGAAUUUCUGACAGAACUAAAUGCAGCUCCAGAGAUUCCUGUCAUCAGCCCUGCUGUGAGUGACGUGAUGAUGAACCGCACCUUCGCAAUCAUUGAAGGCUAUUUCCGGAAAUUUGAGACUCACGAUUGGGUGGUGUGGUUCACCGUGAAUCUCGUUCCCAUCCUCCCCAGUUUCACCACAGAAAUGCUGGUUAAGGUCACAGCUUCAGUCAACUGCACCGACUACCGUGUGAUAGUUAAGGGAUUGGGAAUCAAUUUCCAGAGAAUGACAUUUACCAGGAGGCAGGAGAUAACCAAUGUUCUGGUCGAGCACCUAAAGACAACUGCUGCCAAAUUCAGCAUGCCAGGUUGCAGACAGAAAACUGAAAGCGCUGCUGAAUGGCUCGACACCAACUUGGGUCGAUUCUCCUCUUCAGCCAGUUACUCAGACCUCAAGUCCCUGAACAUUAGCAUGUUGGCAGCUCUGGGAUCCCUAGCACCCGAUCAGAAAGCAGAGCUACUGUUGGAUCCAUCCACCGAUGCUCUAGACAAUGUCACCGUGGUACAGGAGGUGUUGACCAGCAUACUGACGUCUCCAGAUGAGAAACAACUUGAGAUGUUUUUUGAAACAUUUGUGAAAGUCAGCAAAGUGGAAAGUAUAACCUACAUCGAAAAUGUGGCUGUCCGAGACACAAUGCUGAAUCUGACCAUGACUGCCCUGGCUCCCAAACUUCCCCUAUUUGAAACAAGCGACUAUGAGCUGUGGUUCCAAACCAAUCUGGUGGUCCUGCUGGCCAGCUUCAGUCCUACAGUGCUGGAAGUCAUCCCUGCCAACAUCACAUGCGAAUCUUACCAAGCAAUACUGGAAGGCAUGAAGAUAGCUUUGGCAGAUCUUCCGUCAGGAGUUGGAGUAGAGCUAAAUUCAAGUGUAGACACACUUCAACAUUCACCACCAAAAGCCUGCACGACUCCACCACCCACCACACCCCCCACAGUGCCCCCCACCAUGCCAUCCACCACACCGUCCCCAGUACCACCCACUGCACCACCGACCGUGUCCCCCACCGCUGUUUGCGAGGAAACAUUGAUCGAUGAGGAAAGGCUUUGUGCAGGUGUAGACAGUGAACAACUUCAGACAUCAGGCAGCGUCGCGGCUCAACUCUGCAACUUCAGCAUUCCUGAAUAUGCCUGCUCUUCAGUUGCGUCCUCUCUGUCCUCUGAUGACCUCGUCACGCUGCUGACCUGCAAGGCAUCAACGGUCAUGAGCAACAGCACAGAGAUGUGGAAGCUUUUCUUCCAGAAAGUCACUGGGGUUCUGGAGAAUGCGCUGUCCGUGUACUCCAGUCAGAACCUAAGCAACGGUCAUGCUGCAUCCAACAUUCUGGAUGCCAUUGGACAGCUGACAAUCAGCAACUUUAGCGCUUCACAGCUGACAAAUGCCAGCUUCAUUACAGCCUGGUUCCAGGAGCGUCUGAGACCGUUUUUGCCAUCUGUCUCUGUGGAGUUUCUAUCCUGCUUGAGUACCAAGAACUUCAGCUGUGACUCCUACCAAGCAGCGGUGCUGGGUCUCAGCCGUCAAUCAUCGCUCAUGGCAAUGGAGACAAAACAGGACGUCUUCAAUGCUUUCAUCAAACCCUUCCUCUCAAGAGCUGACCGAACAGAUGCUGCCUGUCUUUCCAAAAUGACGAGCAGCGCUGAAUGGCUUGAGAAGAACUUUGGCCUGUUCUCUGGCUAUGCUACUGUGGAGUUUUUAGAAGCCCUGAAUGUCAAUUUCUCCAGUUUGGGAUCGCUGUCACUGCUGAACCCUACUCAAGUAGCUGAAAUCACCCUGAGCUCUGGAGCGCUAAACAACACUGAUCAGAUCGUGGUUGUGUUUGACCGGCUGGAGAAAGGCGACGCUUUCCUGAACAUGAAGGAAUUUCUGACAGAACUAAAUGCAGCUCCAGAGAUUCCUGUCAUCAGCCCUGCUGUGAGUGACGUGAUGAUGAACCGCACCUUCGCAAUCAUUGAAGGCUAUUUCCGGAAAUUUGAGACUCACGAUUGGGUGGUGUGGUUCACCGUGAAUCUCGUUCCCAUCCUCCCCAGUUUCACCACAGAAAUGCUGGUUAAGGUCACAGCUUCAGUCAACUGCACCGACUACCGUGUGAUAGUUAAGGGAUUGGGAAUCAAUUUCCAGAGAAUGACAUUUACCAGGAGGCAGGAGAUAACCAAUGUUCUGGUCGAGCACCUAAAGACAACUGCUGCCAAAUUCAGCAUGCCAGGUUGCAGACAGAAAACUGAAAGCGCUGCUGAAUGGCUCGACACCAACUUGGGUCGAUUCUCCUCUUCAGCCAGUUACUCAGACCUCAAGUCCCUGAACAUUAGCAUGUUGGCAGCUCUGGGAUCCCUAGCACCCGAUCAGAAAGCAGAGCUACUGUUGGAUCCAUCCACCGAUGCUCUAGACAAUGUCACCGUGGUACAGGAGGUGUUGACCAGCAUACUGACGUCUCCAGAUGAGAAACAACUUGAGAUGUUUUUUGAAACAUUUGUGAAAGUCAGCAAAGUGGAAAGUAUAACCUACAUCGAAAAUGUGGCUGUCCGAGACACAAUGCUGAAUCUGACCAUGACUGCCCUGGCUCCCAAACUUCCCCUAUUUGAAACAAGCGACUAUGAGCUGUGGUUCCAAACCAAUCUGGUGGUCCUGCUGGCCAGCUUCAGUCCUACAGUGCUGGAAGUCAUCCCUGCCAACAUCACAUGCGAAUCUUACCAAGCAAUACUGGAAGGCAUGAAGAUAGCUUUGGCAGAUCUUCCGUCAGGAGUUGGAGUAGAGCUAAAUUCAAGUGUAGACACACUUCAACAUUCACCACCAAAAGCCUGCACGACUCCACCACCCACCACACCCCCCACAGUGCCCCCCACCAUGCCAUCCACCACACCGUCCCCAGUACCACCCACUGCACCACCGACCGUGUCCCCCACCGCUGUUUGCGAGGAAACAUUGAUCGAUGAGGAAAGGCUUUGUGCAGGUGUAGACAGUGAACAACUUCAGACAUCAGGCAGCGUCGCGGCUCAACUCUGCAACUUCAGCAUUCCUGAAUAUGCCUGCUCUUCAGUUGCGUCCUCUCUGUCCUCUGAUGACCUCGUCACGCUGCUGACCUGCAAGGCAUCAACGGUCAUGAGCAACAGCACAGAGAUGUGGAAGCUUUUCUUCCAGAAAGUCACUGGGGUUCUGGAGAAUGCGCUGUCCGUGUACUCCAGUCAGAACCUAAGCAACGGUCAUGCUGCAUCCAACAUUCUGGAUGCCAUUGGACAGCUGACAAUCAGCAACUUUAGCGCUUCACAGCUGACAAAUGCCAGCUUCAUUACAGCCUGGUUCCAGGAGCGUCUGAGACCGUUUUUGCCAUCUGUCUCUGUGGAGUUUCUAUCCUGCUUGAGUACCAAGAACUUCAGCUGUGACUCCUACCAAGCAGCGGUGCUGGGUCUCAGCCGUCAAUCAUCGCUCAUGGCAAUGGAGACAAAACAGGACGUCUUCAAUGCUUUCAUCAAACCCUUCCUCUCAAGAGCUGACCGAACAGAUGCUGCCUGUCUUUCCAAAAUGACGAGCAGCGCUGAAUGGCUUGAGAAGAACUUUGGCCUGUUCUCUGGCUAUGCUACUGUGGAGUUUUUAGAAGCCCUGAAUGUCAAUUUCUCCAGUUUGGGAUCGCUGUCACUGCUGAACCCUACUCAAGUAGCUGAAAUCACCCUGAGCUCUGGAGCGCUAAACAACACUGAUCAGAUCGUGGUUGUGUUUGACCGGCUGGAGAAAGGCGACGCUUUCCUGAACAUGAAGGAAUUUCUGACAGAACUAAAUGCAGCUCCAGAGAUUCCUGUCAUCAGCCCUGCUGUGAGUGACGUGAUGAUGAACCGCACCUUCGCAAUCAUUGAAGGCUAUUUCCGGAAAUUUGAGACUCACGAUUGGGUGGUGUGGUUCACCGUGAAUCUCGUUCCCAUCCUCCCCAGUUUCACCACAGAAAUGCUGGUUAAGGUCACAGCUUCAGUCAACUGCACCGACUACCGUGUGAUAGUUAAGGGAUUGGGAAUCAAUUUCCAGAGAAUGACAUUUACCAGGAGGCAGGAGAUAACCAAUGUUCUGGUCGAGCACCUAAAGACAACUGCUGCCAAAUUCAGCAUGCCAGGUUGCAGACAGAAAACUGAAAGCGCUGCUGAAUGGCUCGACACCAACUUGGGUCGAUUCUCCUCUUCAGCCAGUUACUCAGACCUCAAGUCCCUGAACAUUAGCAUGUUGGCAGCUCUGGGAUCCCUAGCACCCGAUCAGAAAGCAGAGCUACUGUUGGAUCCAUCCACCGAUGCUCUAGACAAUGUCACCGUGGUACAGGAGGUGUUGACCAGCAUACUGACGUCUCCAGAUGAGAAACAACUUGAGAUGUUUUUUGAAACAUUUGUGAAAGUCAGCAAAGUGGAAAGUAUAACCUACAUCGAAAAUGUGGCUGUCCGAGACACAAUGCUGAAUCUGACCAUGACUGCCCUGGCUCCCAAACUUCCCCUAUUUGAAACAAGCGACUAUGAGCUGUGGUUCCAAACCAAUCUGGUGGUCCUGCUGGCCAGCUUCAGUCCUACAGUGCUGGAAGUCAUCCCUGCCAACAUCACAUGCGAAUCUUACCAAGCAAUACUGGAAGGCAUGAAGAUAGCUUUGGCAGAUCUUCCGUCAGGAGUUGGAGUAGAGCUAAAUUCAAGUGUAGACACACUUCAACAUUCACCACCAAAAGCCUGCACGACUCCACCACCCACCACACCCCCCACAGUGCCCCCCACCAUGCCAUCCACCACACCGUCCCCAGUACCACCCACUGCACCACCGACCGUGUCCCCCACCGCUGUUUGCGAGGAAACAUUGAUCGAUGAGGAAAGGCUUUGUGCAGGUGUAGACAGUGAACAACUUCAGACAUCAGGCAGCGUCGCGGCUCAACUCUGCAACUUCAGCAUUCCUGAAUAUGCCUGCUCUUCAGUUGCGUCCUCUCUGUCCUCUGAUGACCUCGUCACGCUGCUGACCUGCAAGGCAUCAACGGUCAUGAGCAACAGCACAGAGAUGUGGAAGCUUUUCUUCCAGAAAGUCACUGGGGUUCUGGAGAAUGCGCUGUCCGUGUACUCCAGUCAGAACCUAAGCAACGGUCAUGCUGCAUCCAACAUUCUGGAUGCCAUUGGACAGCUGACAAUCAGCAACUUUAGCGCUUCACAGCUGACAAAUGCCAGCUUCAUUACAGCCUGGUUCCAGGAGCGUCUGAGACCGUUUUUGCCAUCUGUCUCUGUGGAGUUUCUAUCCUGCUUGAGUACCAAGAACUUCAGCUGUGACUCCUACCAAGCAGCGGUGCUGGGUCUCAGCCGUCAAUCAUCGCUCAUGGCAAUGGAGACAAAACAGGACGUCUUCAAUGCUUUCAUCAAACCCUUCCUCUCAAGAGCUGACCGAACAGAUGCUGCCUGUCUUUCCAAAAUGACGAGCAGCGCUGAAUGGCUUGAGAAGAACUUUGGCCUGUUCUCUGGCUAUGCUACUGUGGAGUUUUUAGAAGCCCUGAAUGUCAAUUUCUCCAGUUUGGGAUCGCUGUCACUGCUGAACCCUACUCAAGUAGCUGAAAUCACCCUGAGCUCUGGAGCGCUAAACAACACUGAUCAGAUCGUGGUUGUGUUUGACCGGCUGGAGAAAGGCGACGCUUUCCUGAACAUGAAGGAAUUUCUGACAGAACUAAAUGCAGCUCCAGAGAUUCCUGUCAUCAGCCCUGCUGUGAGUGACGUGAUGAUGAACCGCACCUUCGCAAUCAUUGAAGGCUAUUUCCGGAAAUUUGAGACUCACGAUUGGGUGGUGUGGUUCACCGUGAAUCUCGUUCCCAUCCUCCCCAGUUUCACCACAGAAAUGCUGGUUAAGGUCACAGCUUCAGUCAACUGCACCGACUACCGUGUGAUAGUUAAGGGAUUGGGAAUCAAUUUCCAGAGAAUGACAUUUACCAGGAGGCAGGAGAUAACCAAUGUUCUGGUCGAGCACCUAAAGACAACUGCUGCCAAAUUCAGCAUGCCAGGUUGCAGACAGAAAACUGAAAGCGCUGCUGAAUGGCUCGACACCAACUUGGGUCGAUUCUCCUCUUCAGCCAGUUACUCAGACCUCAAGUCCCUGAACAUUAGCAUGUUGGCAGCUCUGGGAUCCCUAGCACCCGAUCAGAAAGCAGAGCUACUGUUGGAUCCAUCCACCGAUGCUCUAGACAAUGUCACCGUGGUACAGGAGGUGUUGACCAGCAUACUGACGUCUCCAGAUGAGAAACAACUUGAGAUGUUUUUUGAAACAUUUGUGAAAGUCAGCAAAGUGGAAAGUAUAACCUACAUCGAAAAUGUGGCUGUCCGAGACACAAUGCUGAAUCUGACCAUGACUGCCCUGGCUCCCAAACUUCCCCUAUUUGAAACAAGCGACUAUGAGCUGUGGUUCCAAACCAAUCUGGUGGUCCUGCUGGCCAGCUUCAGUCCUACAGUGCUGGAAGUCAUCCCUGCCAACAUCACAUGCGAAUCUUACCAAGCAAUACUGGAAGGCAUGAAGAUAGCUUUGGCAGAUCUUCCGUCAGGAGUUGGAGUAGAGCUAAAUUCAAGUGUAGACACACUUCAACAUUCACCACCAAAAGCCUGCACGACUCCACCACCCACCACACCCCCCACAGUGCCCCCCACCAUGCCAUCCACCACACCGUCCCCAGUACCACCCACUGCACCACCGACCGUGUCCCCCACCGCUGUUUGCGAGGAAACAUUGAUCGAUGAGGAAAGGCUUUGUGCAGGUGUAGACAGUGAACAACUUCAGACAUCAGGCAGCGUCGCGGCUCAACUCUGCAACUUCAGCAUUCCUGAAUAUGCCUGCUCUUCAGUUGCGUCCUCUCUGUCCUCUGAUGACCUCGUCACGCUGCUGACCUGCAAGGCAUCAACGGUCAUGAGCAACAGCACAGAGAUGUGGAAGCUUUUCUUCCAGAAAGUCACUGGGGUUCUGGAGAAUGCGCUGUCCGUGUACUCCAGUCAGAACCUAAGCAACGGUCAUGCUGCAUCCAACAUUCUGGAUGCCAUUGGACAGCUGACAAUCAGCAACUUUAGCGCUUCACAGCUGACAAAUGCCAGCUUCAUUACAGCCUGGUUCCAGGAGCGUCUGAGACCGUUUUUGCCAUCUGUCUCUGUGGAGUUUCUAUCCUGCUUGAGUACCAAGAACUUCAGCUGUGACUCCUACCAAGCAGCGGUGCUGGGUCUCAGCCGUCAAUCAUCGCUCAUGGCAAUGGAGACAAAACAGGACGUCUUCAAUGCUUUCAUCAAACCCUUCCUCUCAAGAGCUGACCGAACAGAUGCUGCCUGUCUUUCCAAAAUGACGAGCAGCGCUGAAUGGCUUGAGAAGAACUUUGGCCUGUUCUCUGGCUAUGCUACUGUGGAGUUUUUAGAAGCCCUGAAUGUCAAUUUCUCCAGUUUGGGAUCGCUGUCACUGCUGAACCCUACUCAAGUAGCUGAAAUCACCCUGAGCUCUGGAGCGCUAAACAACACUGAUCAGAUCGUGGUUGUGUUUGACCGGCUGGAGAAAGGCGACGCUUUCCUGAACAUGAAGGAAUUUCUGACAGAACUAAAUGCAGCUCCAGAGAUUCCUGUCAUCAGCCCUGCUGUGAGUGACGUGAUGAUGAACCGCACCUUCGCAAUCAUUGAAGGCUAUUUCCGGAAAUUUGAGACUCACGAUUGGGUGGUGUGGUUCACCGUGAAUCUCGUUCCCAUCCUCCCCAGUUUCACCACAGAAAUGCUGGUUAAGGUCACAGCUUCAGUCAACUGCACCGACUACCGUGUGAUAGUUAAGGGAUUGGGAAUCAAUUUCCAGAGAAUGACAUUUACCAGGAGGCAGGAGAUAACCAAUGUUCUGGUCGAGCACCUAAAGACAACUGCUGCCAAAUUCAGCAUGCCAGGUUGCAGACAGAAAACUGAAAGCGCUGCUGAAUGGCUCGACACCAACUUGGGUCGAUUCUCCUCUUCAGCCAGUUACUCAGACCUCAAGUCCCUGAACAUUAGCAUGUUGGCAGCUCUGGGAUCCCUAGCACCCGAUCAGAAAGCAGAGCUACUGUUGGAUCCAUCCACCGAUGCUCUAGACAAUGUCACCGUGGUACAGGAGGUGUUGACCAGCAUACUGACGUCUCCAGAUGAGAAACAACUUGAGAUGUUUUUUGAAACAUUUGUGAAAGUCAGCAAAGUGGAAAGUAUAACCUACAUCGAAAAUGUGGCUGUCCGAGACACAAUGCUGAAUCUGACCAUGACUGCCCUGGCUCCCAAACUUCCCCUAUUUGAAACAAGCGACUAUGAGCUGUGGUUCCAAACCAAUCUGGUGGUCCUGCUGGCCAGCUUCAGUCCUACAGUGCUGGAAGUCAUCCCUGCCAACAUCACAUGCGAAUCUUACCAAGCAAUACUGGAAGGCAUGAAGAUAGCUUUGGCAGAUCUUCCGUCAGGAGUUGGAGUAGAGCUAAAUUCAAGUGUAGACACACUUCAACAUUCACCACCAAAAGCCUGCACGACUCCACCACCCACCACACCCCCCACAGUGCCCCCCACCAUGCCAUCCACCACACCGUCCCCAGUACCACCCACUGCACCACCGACCGUGUCCCCCACCGCUGUUUGCGAGGAAACAUUGAUCGAUGAGGAAAGGCUUUGUGCAGGUGUAGACAGUGAACAACUUCAGACAUCAGGCAGCGUCGCGGCUCAACUCUGCAACUUCAGCAUUCCUGAAUAUGCCUGCUCUUCAGUUGCGUCCUCUCUGUCCUCUGAUGACCUCGUCACGCUGCUGACCUGCAAGGCAUCAACGGUCAUGAGCAACAGCACAGAGAUGUGGAAGCUUUUCUUCCAGAAAGUCACUGGGGUUCUGGAGAAUGCGCUGUCCGUGUACUCCAGUCAGAACCUAAGCAACGGUCAUGCUGCAUCCAACAUUCUGGAUGCCAUUGGACAGCUGACAAUCAGCAACUUUAGCGCUUCACAGCUGACAAAUGCCAGCUUCAUUACAGCCUGGUUCCAGGAGCGUCUGAGACCGUUUUUGCCAUCUGUCUCUGUGGAGUUUCUAUCCUGCUUGAGUACCAAGAACUUCAGCUGUGACUCCUACCAAGCAGCGGUGCUGGGUCUCAGCCGUCAAUCAUCGCUCAUGGCAAUGGAGACAAAACAGGACGUCUUCAAUGCUUUCAUCAAACCCUUCCUCUCAAGAGCUGACCGAACAGAUGCUGCCUGUCUUUCCAAAAUGACGAGCAGCGCUGAAUGGCUUGAGAAGAACUUUGGCCUGUUCUCUGGCUAUGCUACUGUGGAGUUUUUAGAAGCCCUGAAUGUCAAUUUCUCCAGUUUGGGAUCGCUGUCACUGCUGAACCCUACUCAAGUAGCUGAAAUCACCCUGAGCUCUGGAGCGCUAAACAACACUGAUCAGAUCGUGGUUGUGUUUGACCGGCUGGAGAAAGGCGACGCUUUCCUGAACAUGAAGGAAUUUCUGACAGAACUAAAUGCAGCUCCAGAGAUUCCUGUCAUCAGCUCUGCUGUGAGUGACGUGAUGAUGAACCGCACCUUCGCAAUCAUUGAAGGCUAUUUCCGGAAAUUUGAGACUCACGAUUGGGUGGUGUGGUUCACCGUGAAUCUCGUUCCCAUCCUCCCCAGUUUCACCACAGAAAUGCUGGUUAAGGUCACAGCUUCAGUCAACUGCACCGACUACCGUGUGAUAGUUAAGGGAUUGGGAAUCAAUUUCCAGAGAAUGACAUUUACCAGGAGGCAGGAGAUAACCAAUGUUCUGGUCGAGCACCUAAAGACAACUGCUGCCAAAUUCAGCAUGCCAGGUUGCAGACAGAAAACUGAAAGCGCUGCUGAAUGGCUCGACACCAACUUGGGUCGAUUCUCCUCUUUAGCCAGUUACUCAGACCUCAAGUCCCUGAACAUUAGCAUGUUGGCAGCUCUGGGAUCCCUAGCACCCGAUCAGAAAGCAGAGCUACUGUUGGAUCCAUCCACCGAUGCUCUAGACAAUGUCACCGUGGUACAGGAGGUGUUGACCAGCAUACUGACGUCUCCAGAUGAGAAACAACUUGAGAUGUUUUUUGAAACAUUUGUGAAAGUCAGCAAAGUGGAAAGUAUAACCUACAUCGAAAACGUGGCUGUCCGAGACACAAUGCUGAAUCUGACCAUGACUGCCCUGGCUCCCAAACUUCCCCUAUUUGAAACAAGCGACUAUGAGCUGUGGUUCCAAACCAAUCUGGUGGUCCUGCUGGCCAGCUUCAGUCCUACAGUGCUGGAAGUCAUCCCUGCCAACAUCACAUGCGAAUCUUACCAAGCAAUACUGGAAGGCAUGAAGAUAGCUUUGGCAGAUCUUCCGUCAGGAGUUGGAGUAGAGCUAAAUUCAAGUGUAGACACACUUCAACAUUCACCACCAAAAGCCUGCACGACUCCACCACCCACCACACCCCCCACAGUGCCCCCCACCAUGCCAUCCACCACACCGUCCCCAGUACCACCCACUGCACCACCGACCGUGUCCCCCACCGCUGUUUGCGAGGAAACAUUGAUCGAUGAGGAAAGGCUUUGUGCAGGUGUAGACAGUGAACAACUUCAGACAUCAGGCAGCGUCGCGGCUCAACUCUGCAACUUCAGCAUUCCUGAAUAUGCCUGCUCUUCAGUUGCGUCCUCUCUGUCCUCUGAUGACCUCGUCACGCUGCUGACCUGCAAGGCAUCAACGGUCAUGAGCAACAGCACAGAGAUGUGGAAGCUUUUCUUCCAGAAAGUCACUGGGGUUCUGGAGAAUGCGCUGUCCGUGUACUCCAGUCAGAACCUAAGCAACGGUCAUGCUGUAUCCAACAUUCUGGAUGCCAUUGGACAGCUGACAAUCAGCAACUUUAGCGCUUCACAGCUGACAAAUGCCAGCUUCAUUACAGCCUGGUUCCAGGAGCGUCUGAGACCGUUUUUGCCAUCUGUCUCUGUGGAGUUUCUAUCCUGCUUGAGUACCAAGAACUUCAGCUGUGACUCCUACCAAGCAGCGGUGCUGGGUCUCAGCCGUCAAUCAUCGCUCAUGGCAAUGGAGACAAAACAGGACGUCUUCAAUGCUUUCAUCAAACCCUUCCUCUCAAGAGCUGACCGAACAGAUGCUGCCUGUCUUUCCAAAAUGACGAGCAGCGCUGAAUGGCUUGAGAAGAACUUUGGCCUGUUCUCUGGCUAUGCUACUGUGGAGUUUUUAGAAGCCCUGAAUGUCAAUUUCUCCAGUUUGGGAUCGCUGUCACUGCUGAACCCUACUCAAGUAGCUGAAAUCACCCUGAGCUCUGGAGCGCUAAACAACACUGAUCAGAUCGUGGUUGUGUUUGACCGGCUGGAGAAAGGCGACGCUUUCCUGAACAUGAAGGAAUUUCUGACAGAACUAAAUGCAGCUCCAGAGAUUCCUGUCAUCAGCCCUGCUGUGAGUGACGUGAUGAUGAACCGCACCUUCGCAAUCAUUGAAGGCUAUUUCCGGAAAUUUGAGACUCACGAUUGGGUGGUGUGGUUCACCGUGAAUCUCGUUCCCAUCCUCCCCAGUUUCACCACAGAAAUGCUGGUUAAGGUCACAGCUUCAGUCAACUGCACCGACUACCGUGUGAUAGUUAAGGGAUUGGGAAUCAAUUUCCAGAGAAUGACAUUUACCAGGAGGCAGGAGAUAACCAAUGUUCUGGUCGAGCACCUAAAGACAACUGCUGCCAAAUUCAGCAUGCCAGGUUGCAGACAGAAAACUGAAAGCGCUGCUGAAUGGCUCGACACCAACUUGGGUCGAUUCUCCUCUUUAGCCAGUUACUCAGACCUCAAGUCCCUGAACAUUAGCAUGUUGGCAGCUCUGGGAUCCCUAGCACCCGAUCAGAAAGCAGAGCUACUGUUGGAUCCAUCCACCGAUGCUCUAGACAAUGUCACCGUGGUACAGGAGGUGUUGACCAGCAUACUGACGUCUCCAGAUGAGAAACAACUUGAGAUGUUUUUUGAAACAUUUGUGAAAGUCAGCAAAGUGGAAAGUAUAACCUACAUCGAAAAUGUGGCUGUCCGAGACACAAUGCUGAAUCUGACCAUGACUGCCCUGGCUCCCAAACUUCCCCUAUUUGAAACAAGCGACUAUGAGCUGUGGUUCCAAACCAAUCUGGUGGUCCUGCUGGCCAGCUUCAGUCCUACAGUGCUGGAAGUCAUCCCUGCCAACAUCACAUGCGAAUCUUACCAAGCAAUACUGGAAGGCAUGAAGAUAGCUUUGGCAGAUCUUCCGUCAGGAGUUGGAGUAGAGCUAAAUUCAAGUGUAGACACACUUCAACAUUCACCACCAAAAGCCUGCACGACUCCACCACCCACCACACCCCCCACAGUGCCCCCCACCAUGCCAUCCACCACACCGUCCCCAGUACCACCCACUGCACCACCGACCGUGUCCCCCACCGCUGUUUGCGAGGAAACAUUGAUCGAUGAGGAAAGGCUUUGUGCAGGUGUAGACAGUGAACAACUUCAGACAUCAGGCAGCGUCGCGGCUCAACUCUGCAACUUCAGCAUUCCUGAAUAUGCCUGCUCUUCAGUUGCGUCCUCUCUGUCCUCUGAUGACCUCGUCACGCUGCUGACCUGCAAGGCAUCAACGGUCAUGAGCAACAGCACAGAGAUGUGGAAGCUUUUCUUCCAGAAAGUCACUGGGGUUCUGGAGAAUGCGCUGUCCGUGUACUCCAGUCAGAACCUAAGCAACGGUCAUGCUGCAUCCAACAUUCUGGAUGCCAUUGGACAGCUGACAAUCAGCAACUUUAGCGCUUCACAGCUGACAAAUGCCAGCUUCAUUACAGCCUGGUUCCAGGAGCGUCUGAGACCGUUUUUGCCAUCUGUCUCUGUGGAGUUUCUAUCCUGCUUGAGUACCAAGAACUUCAGCUGUGACUCCUACCAAGCAGCGGUGCUGGGUCUCAGCCGUCAAUCAUCGCUCAUGGCAAUGGAGACAAAACAGGACGUCUUCAAUGCUUUCAUCAAACCCUUCCUCUCAAGAGCUGACCGAACAGAUGCUGCCUGUCUUUCCAAAAUGACGAGCAGCGCUGAAUGGCUUGAGAAGAACUUUGGCCUGUUCUCUGGCUAUGCUACUGUGGAGUUUUUAGAAGCCCUGAAUGUCAAUUUCUCCAGUUUGGGAUCGCUGUCACUGCUGAACCCUACUCAAGUAGCUGAAAUCACCCUGAGCUCUGGAGCGCUAAACAACACUGAUCAGAUCGUGGUUGUGUUUGACCGGCUGGAGAAAGGCGACGCUUUCCUGAACAUGAAGGAAUUUCUGACAGAACUAAAUGCAGCUCCAGAGAUUCCUGUCAUCAGCCCUGCUGUGAGUGACGUGAUGAUGAACCGCACCUUCGCAAUCAUUGAAGGCUAUUUCCGGAAAUUUGAGACUCACGAUUGGGUGGUGUGGUUCACCGUGAAUCUCGUUCCCAUCCUCCCCAGUUUCACCACAGAAAUGCUGGUUAAGGUCACAGCUUCAGUCAACUGCACCGACUACCGUGUGAUAGUUAAGGGAUUGGGAAUCAAUUUCCAGAGAAUGACAUUUACCAGGAGGCAGGAGAUAACCAAUGUUCUGGUCGAGCACCUAAAGACAACUGCUGCCAAAUUCAGCAUGCCAGGUUGCAGACAGAAAACUGAAAGCGCUGCUGAAUGGCUCGACACCAACUUGGGUCGAUUCUCCUCUUUAGCCAGUUACUCAGACCUCAAGUCCCUGAACAUUAGCAUGUUGGCAGCUCUGGGAUCCCUAGCACCCGAUCAGAAAGCAGAGCUACUGCUGGAUCCAUCCACCGAUGCUCUAGACAAUGUCACCGUGGUACAGGAGGUGUUGACCAGCAUACUGACGUCUCCAGAUGAGAAACAACUUGAGAUGUUUUUUGAAACAUUUGUGAAAGUCAGCAAAGUGGAAAGUAUAACCUACAUCGAAAAUGUGGCUGUCCGAGACACAAUGCUGAAUCUGACCAUGACUGCCCUGGCUCCCAAACUUCCCCUAUUUGAAACAAGCGACUAUGAGCUGUGGUUCCAAACCAAUCUGGUGGUCCUGCUGGCCAGCUUCAGUCCUACAGUGCUGGAAGUCAUCCCUGCCAACAUCACAUGCGAAUCUUACCAAGCAAUACUGGAAGGCAUGAAGAUAGCUUUGGCAGAUCUUCCGUCAGGAGUUGGAGUAGAGCUAAAUUCAAGUGUAGACAAACUUCAACAUUCACCACCAAAAGCCUGCAUGACUGCACCACCCACCACACCCCCCACAGUGCCCCCCACCAUGCCAUACACUUUGACACCAACUGCUCCAAACACUGGGCCACCGAUUGCUCAACCCACUGCAACCCCCACUAUGCCAUCCACCACACCAUCCACGGUACCACCCACUGCACCACCCACCACCCUCACAGUACUCCCCACACUGACAUACACCAUGCUACCCACUUCUCCAAACACUGUGCCACCCAUUGUUCCACCCACUGCACCACCCACCACACCCCCUACAGCAGCCCCCACGCUGCCAUACACAAUGCCAAACACUGCUCCAAACACUGCGCCACCUAUUGCUUCACCUACUGCAACCCCCACCAUGCUAUCCACCACACCUAUUACAGUACCACCCACUGCACCACCCACCACAGUACCCCCCACGGUGCCAUACACCAUGCCACCCACUGCUCUAAACACUGCGACAGCUAUUGCUCCACCCACUGCUUCUCCCACCAUGUCAUCCACUACACUAUCCACGGUAGCACCACCCACCACACCACCUACAGCACCCCCCACGCUUCCAUACACCAUGCCACCCACUGCUCUAAACACUGCGACAGUUAUUGCUCCACCCACUGCAUCUCCCACCAUGCCAUCCACUACACUAUCCACAGUAGCACCCACUGCACCACCCACCACACCCCCCACAGUUCCCUCCACACUGCCAUACACCAUGCCACCCACUUCUUCAAACACUGUGCCACCAAUAUCUCCACCCACUGCAACCCCCACUAUGCCAUCCACAGUACCACCCACUGCACCACCCACCACACCUCCUACAGCACCCCCCACGCUUCCAUACACCAUGCCACCCACUUCUCCAAACACUGCGCCACCUAUUGCUUCACCUACUGCAACCCCCACCAUGCCAUCCACCACACCUACUACAAUACCACCCACUGCACCACCCACCACACCCCCCACAGUACCCCCCACGCUGCCAUACACCAUGCCACCCACUGCUCUAAACACUGCGACAGCUAUUGCUACACCCACUGCAUCUCCCACCAUGCCAUCCACUACAUUAUCCACAGUAGCACCCACUGCACCACCCACCACACCCCCCACAGUUCCCUCCACACUGCCAUACACCAUGCCACCCACUUUUCCAAACACUGUGCCACCAAUAUCUCCAUCCACUGCAACCCCCACUAUGCCAUCCACCACACCAUUUACAGUACCACCCACCACAGCCCCUACAGCACCCCCCACGCUUCCAUACACCAUGCCACCCACUGCUCUAAACACUGUGACAGUUAUUGCUCCACUCACUGCAUCUCCCACCAUGCCAUCCACUGCACCAUCCACAGUAGCACCCCCCACAGUUCUCUCCACACUGCCAUACACCAUGCCACCCACUUCUCCAAACACUGUGCCACCGAUAUCUCCACCCACUGCAACCCCCACUAUGCCAUCCACCACACCAUCCACAGUAUCACAGACUGCACCAGCCACCACACCCCACACAGUACCCCCCACACUGCCAUACACCGUGCCACCCACUUCUCCAAACACUGUGCCAUCUAUUUCUCCAACCACUGCACCACCCACCACAUCUUCUACAGAACCCCCCAUGCUGCCAUACACCAUGCCACCCACUGCUCUAAACACUGCGACAGCUAUUGCUCCACCCACUGCUUCUCCCACUAUGCCAUCCAUUACACCAUCCACAGUACCACCUACUGCACCACCCACCACAGCUCCCACAGUACCCCCCACGCUGCCAUACACCGUGCCACCCACUUCUCCAAACACUGUGCCACCUAUUGCUCCAACCACUGCACCACCCACCACAUCUUCUACAGUACCCCCCACGCUGCCAUACACCAUGCCACCCACUGCUCUAAACACUGCAACAGUUAUUGCCCCACCCACUUCAUCUCCCACCAUGGCAUCCACUACACUAUCCAUGGUAGCACCCACUGCACCACCCACCACACCCCCUACAGCGCCCCCUACGCUGCCAUACACCAUGCCACCCACUGCUCUAAACACUGCGACAGCUAUUGCUCCACCCACUGCAUCUCCCACCAUGCCAUCCAUUACACCAUCCACAGUAGCAGCCACUGCACCACCCACCACACUGCCAUACAGUAUGCCACCCACUGCUAAAAACACUGUGCCACCUAUUGCUCCACCCACUGCAACCCCCACCUUGCCAUCCACCACACCAUCCACAGUACCACCCACUGCAACAACUACCACACUCUCCACAGUGCCCCCCACCUUGCCAUCCACCACACCAUCCACAGUACCACCCACUGCACCACCGACCGUGUCCCCCACCGCUGUUUGCGAGGAAACAUUGAUCGAUGAGGAAAGGCUUUGUGCAGGUGUAGACAGUGAACAACUUCAGACAUCAGGCAGCGUCGCGGCUCAACUCUGCAACUUCAGCAUUCCUGAAUAUGCCUGCUCUUCAGUUGCGUCCUCUCUGUCCUCUGAUGACCUCGUCAUGCUGCUGACCUGCAAGGCAUCAACGGUCAUGAGCAACAGCACAGAGAUGUGGAAGCUUUUCUUCCAGAAAGUCACUGGGGUUCUGGAGAAUGCGCUGUCCGUGUACUCUAGUCAGAACCUAAGCAACGGUCAUGCUGUAUCCAACAUUCUGGAUGCCAUUGGACAGCUGACAAUCAGCAACUUUAGCGCUUCACAGCUGACAAAUGCCAGCUUCAUUACAGCCUGGUUCCAGGAGCGUCUGAGACCGUUUUUGCCAUCUGUCUCUGUGGAGUUUCUAUCCUGCUUGAGUACCAAGAACUUCAGCUGUGACUCCUACCAAGCAGCGGUGCUGGGUCUCAGCCGUCAAUCAUCGCUCAUGGCAAUGGAGACAAAACAGGACGUCUUCAAUGCUUUCAUCAAACCCUUCCUCUCAAGAGCUGACCGAACAGAUGCUGCCUGUCUUUCCAAAAUGACGAGCAGCGCUGAAUGGCUUGAGAAGAACUUUGGCCUGUUCUCUGGCUAUGCUACUGUGGAGUUUUUAGAAGCCCUGAAUGUCAAUUUCUCCAGUUUGGGAUCGCUGUCACUGCUGAACCCUACUCAAGUAGCUGAAAUCACCCUGAGCUCUGGAGCGCUAAACAACACUGAUCAGAUCGUGGUUGUGUUUGACCGGCUGGAGAAAGGCGACGCUUUCCUGAACAUGAAGGAAUUUCUGACAGAACUAAAUGCAGCUCCAGAGAUUCCUGUCAUCAGCCCUGCUGUGAGUGACGUGAUGAUGAACCGCACCUUCGCAAUCAUUGAAGGCUAUUUCCGGAAAUUUGAGACUCACGAUUGGGUGGUGUGGUUCACCGUGAAUCUCGUUCCCAUCCUCCCCAGUUUCACCACAGAAAUGCUGGUUAAGGUCACAGCUUCAGUCAACUGCACCGACUACCGUGUGAUUGUUAAAGGUCUUAGUAAGGUUUAUUCUCAAAUGCCUGUCCAAAGAAGAAAGGAAAUUGCUGCAGGUCUAGUGGCACACCUUAAACAAAUUGUCUACCAGAUCAAUCAGCCAGCCUGCAAACAGGGCAUCACAAAUGAUUCUGACUGGCUGCAAAUGAACCUUGGUCAGUUCUUCAACUAUGUGCCUUAUUCGGACCUAGCCGCAUUCAACAUCUCAUCGGAAGCCGUGUUUGGCUCUCUAACUGAUGAACAGAAGGUUGAGCGUAUCCUGAUCCCGGGUCUCCUGGAGGACGAAACCUCUGUCAGACAACUCUUUGCAUCUGUUGUAAACUCUCAAAACCAGUUAAAACAGUUCUUCAUCACAUUCACUAGCAUGUCUGCACAGAGGAACGUCUUUAGUGUCAGCACUACUGUGAGCAGCGUCAUUCUGAACAUGACACUGGUGGCCCUGGAGGACAGAUUCCAAAACUUCUUUCCGCAGACAUUUGCUGAUUGGUUCCAGACUUACCUUCGCAUUUUCCUCCCUGGGAUCGGGCCAAACACCCUCUCUGUCAUCCCCUUGACCAUCAACUGCGAUUCUUACACAGAAAUUGUGAGAGGCUGUGAUGAUGUAUUCAGCAAACUCACAUCGGUACAGACCAAUGAUGUCUACAGAUUCACAAUGGACUAUCUGACCCAUAAGCCCAGUCCAGGAAGCUCCUGUGUUCAGGGCACGAGCAACAGCUCAGACUGGCUGAUGAAGAGUUUCGGGCGGUUCAGCAUGUGGGCCAGCUUCAGUGACCUGAUCAGCCUGAAUAAAGACUUUGAUGGGGUUGAAGCCGCAGCUCUCUUGACUCCACCUCAGCUGGCUCAGCUUUGCUCCGCCCCCUCGCGCCUCAGCGGGCCGCAGGACGUGCAGACUGUGAUGAGUGUGCUCGACACGCAGCAGCUCACACUCUUCUUCAAUGAUCUCUCUCAAAAUAUCUCAGUGAGCGGUCUGGUGUACCCUGCGCAGCUGAAGCAGGCGUUCCUGCAGGUGGUGUUGAACAGACGGGAUCUGUGGUCUUCUUCUCUCAGUGAUGCGGAAGUGUCGCUCUGGCUCACGGUUCGACUGCGCCCCCUCCUGUCUUCUCUGACUGCCUCUGAUGUCUCGCCGUAUUUCGCCAUCGUCGCUUCUCGAGGCUGUGGCGUCAGACAGACGGCAGUGACUGAGCUGAACACUCUGAGAACGGCUCUUGAUGGAAACACACAGCGUGAGAUCUACAACAGCAUCCUACAGUUACUCACAGGUUCUCCUCUGCGCUGUUACACAGGCGGCAGCUUCCUCCUGUUCCUCCGGUCCUCCUUCCAGCAGUUCGGUCUCCCAGAUCUGAGCAGUGUCUUGUCCCUGAUCCCGCAGGCCAGCCGGACACAGGUGCUGAGCUCCAUGUCUCCAUCAGAGCUCAGUGAGUUCCUGAACGUUACUCAAGCCGUCGGGAGCUCAUCUGGGCUUUGUGAACUGCUCAGCGCGUACAACCAGACGGCAGUGUAUCUGCAGACGGCGCCGCUGGGCUCGCAGGCUUUGGCCCGUCAGGUGUUGACCUGCGUCUGGCCUGGAGUUCUGCAACUGAACGGCCCGUCUGAGGUGAACGAGUGGUUUGACCUGCGGCUGCUGAGAUACCUGCCAUUGCUCACCUUACAGCUUAUAAGCCCCGCAGAGCUCCAGAGCGCCUCCUGCCUGUCAUACAGAAAACUUAUUUCAGUACUUGGAAAAAACUACAACUACUCUGAGACUAACUUCAGCCCAGAGGAUGUGUACAGCUCCAUCAAGGAGUAUCUCAGCAAUGAUGGUUCUCCGCGGUGUUAUAACGCAGCCGAUCCUCAGCUGAACUCCACAGACUGGUUUGUCAGCUACAUCGGAGUCUUCAUCAGCUACGUCAGUCUGUCCGAUCUCAACUCCUUUGUGUCGUCUGACCAGAUCGGUGUGUUCUUAGAGGACCCGGGAAACCUUCAGCUGCUCAACAGCACCGCGGGCAUCCAGUCCAGCGUAGUGGAGUACUACAUCACACAGCUCUACAUCCUGGACCAGUACUUUAAUCCCAUGAGUGUGCCACCGCAGUUCCUCUGUGAUAUCCCUGCCGUGGCGUUUGAGCCUCUCAGUGAAGCAGACAGUUUGCGUCUCAUCCAAAGCAUCAACAUGUACUGCAACGGCACCCAGAACCCUCAGAUCACGGCUGCCCUCACAGAUAAUCUGCCCUCGCUGUCCUCCAACACCAUCGAGCUGCUGGGCAAUCAGAGCGUGGGGCUGACGGAGGGCCAGAUUAGCGCCGCUCCGCCCGCUGUUAUCAGGAGCUCUCUGGCCACGCUGAGCUCUGUGGACGGCUGGAGUCAGGGCCAGGCCGACGCCAUCGUGCAGACGCUCAUACAGUCCAACUAUGUGAUCGACAGCGACUCGUCUCUCUUGGCUCUCGGCACGCUGGUCAAAGGUCUUCCGUCAGACACACUCUCCAGCAUCCAGCCCUCCACACUGCUCUCCGUAUCCCAGAACCCCACAUUCAUCAGCAACAUGGUGGCGGCACCGCAGGUCCUGCAGAUGGUGUACGUCAUGCAGAUUGUGUCCAUCGAUGUCACACAAGUUCUGCAGAACGUUCCGGAUCAGCUGGCCAGCUCCAUCCCACCGGUGCUGCUGGCUCCACAGGGCUCUGUGAACCUUAGCCUGAUCAACCAGAAGCAGUGGACGCAGGAGCAGGCUCUGGUGUUGUUCAGCUCAGUGGCGAGUGUCAGUCAAGAUACAGAGGAGCUGUCGGUGCCGGUCCUGCAGGGUUUCAGCUGUACGUCAGUGCAGACGGUCAGCACACAGAAGGUGAAGCAGAUGGUCAGAUCCUGCAGACACAGACCCGGCCGGAGUAAGGUGCAGCUGCAGGAGAGUCAGCUCAUGUGCAUGAACAACUAUGUGAAAGACGAGCCUCUGUCCAGCUUCUCUGAUUUACCUGCAGAGGUGCUACUCUACUACAGCUAUGACAAUGUCCAGCCGGUGAACUGCAGAUCAUACUUCAGUGCCGUGGGUCAGGCAGAUUACUCGGUCCUCUCCAGCGUCCUCAACAAACCGGCUGCUCUGUUCGCCAACGCACGCAGCUGCCUGGGCAUCACGGGUAACAGUCUCAGUAAAGAUCAGAUUGCGGUUCUGGGUAACCUGACGUGUACGCUGGACCCCGUCUACAUCCCCAACUCUGACCCGUCCAUCAUCGAGAGCCUGAAGAACUGUGUGGAGCUGUCGGACGCUCAGAUCUCUGCGGUUCAGCGGCUGCUGCUGUCAGGAAACACAUCUUACGGGAACUCCUCCACAUGGGGUCAGCAGACGCUGCAGAGGCUGGCUAAGAUCCCGCUGUACUUCACCAACUCCUUCUGGAGUCUCUUCAGUGCGACUGUGAAGAAGAACUUCAUGACCACGUUCAUGCCGUAUCUGAGGUCUAUAAACACAGACAAGACCAAACUGAAGACGCUGUUUAGCAACUGCAACAGUGGGUUAUCUAGGAGCAGAUUGAGCCGCUCCACAGCAUGCACUGUGGGAAACAUCACUGCAGCCACUAUAGCAGACCCCUCUUUCCCGCUCGGAUACACCGUGGACCAGUUUGACGCCUGUUUGGAGCCCGGAGUCCUGAAGGAUACCCUGACGGCGGUGGCACAGAAGGUGGACGACAGCAGCUUCCAGAGAGUCAUUCUGAACAAACUAAAGCAGGUGUAUCCCGCUGGUCUGGCUGACGGUGUGGUGAAGGAUCUGGGCUCAGUGUCUCGUCAGGCCUCAGUGCAGGAGAUCAGCAGCUGGAACAUCAGCAGCCUCGACACACUGGCGACACUCAUGGACAAAAGCAACGGCAACUGGAGCACUGCUCAGAGUCAGCAGGUGAUCCUCAGGUAUCUGAGUGUAAAGGGCAACAGUUUGGGCAGUAAUGAACUGAACAUCAUCAAGUCAAGCCUGUGCUCACUGAACAUCUCCACCCUUCAGAACAUCACACCUGCAGUUCUGAGGAAUGCGAAGGCUCUGGAUCUGUCCUCGUGUUCGUCUGAGCAGCAGUCGGUUCUCUACAUCACCGCUAACUCCUCAUUCAGAGCUCAACUCAGCAACGGCCCUGCUUACUACCACAUGAUCAGCCCUUACCUCGGAAUGUCCAACUUGGAGAUGAUGCCUUAA